AUGAAUGCGUUUUCCCUCAACUGGUCAACCAAUGCAUUUCUAGCAAUCUUUUUCAUAUCUCAAAAUAUUAAACUUUUCUCAUCUGUGUUCUCUUACAGCUAUGAUCUCCGAGGUCGGGCCCCCAACCAGGCUCAGCACUGGGCAGAUGCGCACGUGCUAGGCAAUCGUGCCAAUUUCUACCUCUCUAGACCUGUGGACCAAUGGGAUAACAAUGGUCUCCUGACGCGAAAUCCAGGCGAUAAGCGGCGGCCAAUCGAGGACCGAUUGCCCGUGGGGACGAGUGUGUUGACGAUCCGAGGGAUUUCCACUCAGGAUCGCGGCCUUUAUCGGUGUCGAGUGGACUUCCAUGCCGCUCCCACACGGAACUCGAUGGCCAAUUUGACUGUGGUUGUUCCACCGAAGGUUCCAGUCAUUGUGGAUGAAACGGGUCAUGAGGCAGAGUCCUACAUUGGUCCAUAUGUCGAGGAGGCCUCGAUUCCAGUUGCCUGUGAAGUCAGAGGAGGCAAAGGGGUUUAUGGCUCGCUGACUCCAUCCACGGACUACCUAAUCUAG